AUGCUGGGCAGAAACAAGACUGCUCCCGCAGCCGAGACUGAGUCCAAUGGCUCAGACAACUACAUCCAAAACGUCGAUGUCGACCCGUUGGCCGUAAUCCCCAAGACUAGAUGGGAGCGCAUCUGGCCCGCAUUGGCUUGCGGCUCAGGCCUUUUCUCCGACGGCUACAUAAACAAUGUCAUCGGCCAAGUGUCCACCAUCCUGAAGAAACUGUACGGAGACGCCUAUUCAAAAUCCGCCGCCCAAAAGAACGUCUCUUCGCUAACCUUUGCGGGAACCGUCUUGGGCAUGCUCAUCUUCGGCUACACCAGCGAUAAAUGGUCGCGCUCUAAUUCCCUGCUCGUGUCCACCAUCAUCCUGAUCAUCUUUGCCGCUCUCGGUGCCGGCGCGUACGGAUACCAUGGCAGCACCCAGGGCCUCUUCGCCGCUCUUACCGCUUAUCGAUUCCUGGUCGGAAUUGGAAUUGGGGGAGAAUACCCUGCGGGGUCAGUCGCUUGCUCUGAGGCAACGGGCGAACUCAAAACCGGCACUCGAAAUCGUUGGUUCAUCUUGUUCACGAAUGUAAUGAUUGAUUGGGGGUUUGUGGUUGGCGCUUUCGUUCCGUACCUCCUGGUGGUCAUUUGCACGGAAGACCAUUUGCGGGCUGCAUGGAGGAUUUCUUUGGGUUUGGGCGUUGUUCCUCCAUUGCUUCUGCUUUGGCUCCGAAUCAAGCUGAAGGAGCCUGAGGAAUUCAAGAGGGAGAGCAUGAAGUAUGUCAAGAUCCCAUAUAUGCUUGUAUUCCGCUACUACGGCUGGAGGCUUUUUAUUGUCAGCUUGAUUUGGUUUAUCUACGAUUUUUCUACCUACUCCUUCGGCAUCUACGGCUCCGCUAUCCUUACCAACGUCCUCCCUGAAUCCGCUCCUCUCUCCCAAGCAUUCGGCUGGAACGUCGUUCUAAACCUCUUCUACAUCCCGGGCGCCAUGCUCGGCUCACUCUUCUCCGACUACGCCGGUCCACGAUACGCACUUGCCACAGGCGUAGGGAUCCAGGGCAUAGUAGGGUUCAUCAUGGCUGGGCUCUAUGGAACCCUCUCCAAGGCCUCCAACGUUGCCGGGUUUACCGUUGUUUACGGCAUCUUCCUCUCCCUAGGCGAAUUUGGUCCAGGUGACAACAUCGGACUCGUUGCCUCCAAGACCUGCGCAACUGGUGUCCGGGGACAAUACUACGCCAUAGCCGCUGCGAUAGGGAAAAUUGGCGCCUUCGUAGGCACAUACAUCUUCCCUUAUAUUCAAGCAGCAGGUGGCGAUAAUGAAGUGAGUAGUGCGCAGUAUCCUUUCUAUGUUAGCAGCGCUCUGUGCAUAUUUAGCGCUGUUUUGGCGAUUUUCUGCCUCCCGCACAUUGGACAGGAUACGAUUACUACGGAGGAUAUUAAGUUUAGACGGUAUUUGGAGAGUCAUGGGUGGGAUACUAAUCAAAUGGGACUCUUGAAGGGAGAGAGUGUUGAGGCUAGAGCAGCUGGUCGUGAUGCCGUUACAAACCCCGUGGAGGAGAAGUUGGGGGAGAAGGCGAUGUAG